GGAGACCAUGGAUAAGAUAUUAGAGGCUGUCAUUCAGUCUUCUUACCCUUUGCAUGUAAAGCAGAGCUUGGCCCGACGGGUCAUUGAAGCUUCCAAGCAGCCCAUGGACAGUGAUCAGUGUUGGUCAAUGCUGGAACUUUCCACCAAGCUUUUCUUUUUGGGAGAGACUCACUUCUCCAGGGAAACGGCCAGAGAAGUCCUCGAAGUGUAUGGCCGGUACCACCCGGAGGAGUUUGAAGAAUUUUUCAACGCUAGAUUUCUCCUCAGUCUUCUACAGGAAGGUUAUGGGGUGCUGGGGAAGAGGAGCACCCACAUUUUGGAUUAUGUCCACCUUGGGCUUAAGUUUGUGUGUGACAAGCCCACGGCUGAGGAGAUCUUCAGGUUGCUGCGGAUUGAAGUUCUUCGUAUGGUCUGUGAAAGGCCAGGGCUUAAGCUUUGUGUUCGGAUCAGCAAGAUCUUAAUGUCAUACUCACAAUGUAUUCCCACCGGGAAACACCAAGUGCUGUUCUUACAGCAGCUCAUCCGCUGUAUCGGCCACUUCCAUUGCUCGUCCCAAGCAGAGGAAUAUAUAGUGCAGUUCCUGGAUCAGGUGAACAGGGUCGGUGGACUGCUGCAACAGAUCUGGAGUUUUCAGACUUCCUUAGUCCUUCCAUGUCUAAAAGAGCUUUUUGCAAUCAUAUCGUCAACAGAUGAGUAUGAAGCUCCGUCUAACUGCCUAGCCAGUGUGGUGCAGUAUAUUCCCUUGGAACUGAUGGAAGGUGUUGUAAAGAAUUUGGCUAAUGCAGACAAUGUGUCAGAUACACAGAUCAUGGUGGCCAUUAGCAGGAUGAUUGAGUGGGUCUCGUGGCCACUGGGGAAGAAUAUCGACAAGUGGAUAAUUGCUUUACUGAAGGGUCUGGCUGCCGUGAAAAAAUUUAGUAUAUUGAUUGAAGUUUCUAUUUCCAAAAUCCAGAAGAUGUUCUCUAAGCUCUUGUAUCCUGUACUGCGGGACGCGGCCCUUUCUGUCCUGAGAUACAUGUUGCUCAGUUUCCAGCACUCGCCUGAAGCUUUCCAUCUGAUUAUCCCCCACAUUCCCCAGCUCAUAUUCCAUCUCUCCAAUGAAAACUCCAACUCCGCAGCCAGUUGCCUGGAGCACCUCGCAGAGCUUAUCCACUGUAUGAUCUUCCGCUUCUCCGGAUACCCCGACCUCUAUGAACCCGUCAUGGAAGCAGUAAGGAAACUUCCAGUGCCCAAUGAAGAGAGAAUAAAAGUGCUCCUAGGACAGAACGCUUGGACGGCGCAGAAGAAUGAGCUGGCAGCUUAUUACCCCCGACUGGCAUCCAAAUCCGACACGGGAAAAAUCGGCCUCCUCAACCUGGGAAACACCUGUUACAUGAACAGUAUCCUCCAGGCCUUAUUCAUGGCAUCAGAUUUCCGGCACGCAGUGCUCUCUUUAAAGGAGACCCAUUCUCAGCCGCUGAUGAUGAAGCUGCAGUGUCUGUUCUCUUUUCUGGAGCACAGUCAGCGCCCUGCGAUUUCACCAGAGAAUUUCCUGGCAUCCUCUUUGCCUCCUUGGUUUACUCCGGGUGUUCAGCAGGAUUGUUCCGAGUACCUGAAGUACCUUUUAGAUCGGCUCCACGAAGAGGAAAAAACAGGGAGAAGGAUCACCCAAGCCCUGGCACAAACCAACAGUAGCUCUAGUUUGAAGAAGAUGGUGCCCAGUGACAGGACCUUGCUCGAGCAGAUGUUUGGUGGAAGAAUCACAACGAAAAUCCGUUGCCUGAAAUGCCACGGUGUUUCCUCUAGAGAAGAAGUUUUUACGGACUUGUCACUUGCGUUCCCUCCCACCGAUGAUGUCCCAAAGCAACUCUCAAAGACCUCACACCUGCCCUCAGCUGGGGAAACUGGGCCACAGAAAUCGGACCUAACGUGCAAAGUCCAGGAACAGUCCACCACCAAGUCUCCAGAGACAGUCAGAUUGCAGUGGAGAACCAAUAAAACGCCUCCCGAUGAGAACUCAGAAUUCAGUAGAAACAUAGAAAAGACAUAUCCUUUCAUCUCCAGACUGGAAAGCCAAGACGAGAAUAACCAUUCCAUCGUAAGAAACAAGAACGUUCUCUCUGUGUCGUUGAAAGAACAAACCGGAGGUCAAAGGGGUUCCCUGUCUUUGUCGGAUUUAAUCAACCAUUUCUUGUGCCCCGAGAUGCUGACUGCAGACAACAAGUACCGAUGUGACACUUGUGUCUCACUGCAGGACGCAGAGAAGGUGGUGGAACUGACCACAGGUCCUCAGUAUCUCAUUUUGACUUUGCUCAGGUUCGCCUUCGAUUUAAAGGCCAUGAAACGAAGAAAGAUCCUUGACAAUGUGUCCAUUCCUCUGGUUCUGAAGUUACCCAUUCAGGUGGCAGGGACAGAACUGAACGAGGCUCGAUUUGGGCAAGACAGUAGGUGCACGUCUAGCAAAAGCCACCAGUCUGUCACCUAUGACCUCUGUUCUGUUAUAGUGCAUUCUGGGUUAUCCUCAGAAACUGGACACUACUAUUGUUACGCUAGAGACUGCAUGGACAAAGACAACCAGAAACUGCCCAGUAUGGGUGUCAGAAAGUUAAAUACUGAUAAACACUUGGACUUGGAAGUUCAGUGGUAUCUUUUCAAUGACACCAGAGUCUCCUUCUCUUCAUUUGAAUCGGUCAGCAACAUAACUUCUUUCUUCCCCAAGGACACUGCUUAUGUUCUUUUCUACAGACAUAGACCUCCUCAGCAGGCUGGGGCAUCAUCAGGCCUGGAGGCUGGUGCUCCUUCCUUGUCACAUGGGGAGGUUUCUCUGAGCAAGGAAUUAAUGGAAGCCAUUUCUAAAGACAACAUCAAGUAUUUGCAGGAGCAAGAGAAGGAAGCUCGGAACCGAAGUGCCUACAUGUCCCCCCUCCUGAAGUCUCCCCUCUGGUGGCAAGACUAUGACAAGGACAGCGAUGAUGAUGAUGGGUCCGCAGGGAGUUUGGGACCAGCAGGAGGAGGUUCAGGGUCUUUCCACAGCCUUGUUUUUUAGGCAGAUAUACAAAGUCCUGAUUGAAUUAUAUCAUCUCACUGAGUGGGACUGGUUCAGCACAAGGGUAUCUGUGAUAAUGACCAGCCUACAAUGGUCAUACUUAGCAACUGGCUUGUCCAGCGAUACAUACGGCAGCCAUACGUUACAAUAUAAAUCCCUUUAUAGCCGCUGAGUGCAAUCAUAGUGACACCUUUUUAGUUUUUGGCACUGGAAAAAGAUUUAUCAGGGUUACGCAUUUGCAUAAAGGGCAAGACUGACUCAGAACCAGACUGGAAUAGGUUUUCAAUCGCUGCUCAUCAGAUUCCAAUUCCAAUGUCUUUUUUUUAUUUAUAGGGGUCCUGGGUAUAGGUCUCCCCUGUGUGCUCCAUUAAAGGGGUGGUUCACCUUGGAAGGAACAGUAACAGCAAAAAAAUUAAAGUGUUUUAAACUAAUGACCAUGUAACGCUAACUUGGCUAAGCAAAAAGGGGUUAAUGUCCAGCUAGUGCUUAGAGCAUGGGUUUCAUGUGACUCAAACACCCAAGGCUAGGGCCUUUGCUAAAUGGAAGAUUUCAGGAAUGGUGUAGUGCAACUACAACUCUCAGGCUACUGUGCAACAAACAGGAAAGAAUGGGUGCCAGGAGGUUCUUGCAACAUAACAAAAUAACUUUUAUUUGUCCAAGACAAAUGACCCAUAGGUUUACUUAAAGUGGUACAGAGGCAUUGGCAAUAUACAGGCACACCUAUACUACACAGCUCCCACAGAACUGGCAGGCUCACAAAGAGCUCAUAGAUAGAGGCAGAAUAUAGAGAGGCACAUAAAACUCACACAGAGCUUCAGAGGUAGAGGCAGGUGCAUUCCUUGAGGCUGUAGUCAAGGCAGUACAGCACCUCCAGCAGAAGUACCUCACACGUGGUCUGGAUCUCACACA